AGAGAGAGAGAGAGAGAGAGAGAGAGAGAGAGAGAGAGAGAGAGAGAGAGAGAGAGAGAGAGAGAGACUACCCAACCCCAGCAGAGCGUAGAGGCGUCAGACAGCCGCCAGAGCAUCCCGGUUACGCACUGUUCAGAGGCCUCAUCGACGGUGUGCAGCGCCAGAAACAGCUGAAGAACAAGUCAACACAGCCGGGCACACGGCCACAGCUACAGUCAGUAAUGGAGAGCCUGCUGGAUAAUCCAAUGAAAGCCGUUCUUUACCUGAAGGAGCUCACCACUAUCGUCCAGAACCAGCAAAGUCUGAUCCAGACGCAGCGCCAACGCAUCGACGAACUCGAGCGAAAGGUGGAGGACCUGAUAGGAGAGAACCGACAGUUGCGGGACCCCCAUCUCUACGUCCAGCAGCCCCCUCAACAUCACCACCACCACCACCACCACCCGACUCACCGCAGCGCCAGUCCCCAGGCGCCGGCCCACCUCCAUCAGCACCCGGGGAGCAACAAAGCUGCGGCUCACCUCGGCCAGCAGGCGCAGCAGCAGCAGCAGCCGCCGCCGCAACAGCAGCAGCAGCAGCAGCAGCAGAUUCCCGGUCUAUCGGCCCAGCCUCAGCAGCACCCGACCCCUCCUGCGCCGUCCUCCCACCACCCGCAGCAGCUGCAGCUCGUCCCCACCUCGCCGCAGUCACCCAAAGCGAGCCAAGCCAGCCCAGACUCCGCUGAGGAGGACAAGAGGAGCCCCUGCUGCAAGUCCCUGGUUCCGCAGACUCCCACUGCUCUCUGCCGCUCAGUUGGAUUGGCCAGGAAAGCGGAGAACCAAACAGUGCUUCACCAGUUCUGCUGCCCCGCCCCGGAGGCCCCUGAGGGGGAGACUUCUACCGCCUGUGUCCCCAGCGAUGACCUUUCUCCAGACUCGUCUUUGGGGGAGGAAGGGAAGGGAGGAGAGGGGGAGCUGCAGAGUGAGGUCGAGUCACAACCACAACCACAGCCCCAGCAGCAAGAGACUCAGCCACAGACUCAACCACCACAGCCACAGCCACAGUCGGAGCCCCAACCACAGACUCAACCUCAGCCCCAGCCCGAAACCAAACCUCAGCCAGAACCCGAACCAAAACCCCAGCCUGCGGCAGAGCCUGAGCCCGAGCCCCAACCCGAACCUGAACCCGAACCUGAACCCGAACCCGAACCCGAACCCGAGCCUGAGCCUGAGCCUGAGCCUGAGCCUGAGCCCCAAGUCGAGGCUCCUUGCAAGGAAGCAGCGCAGGACACCCCUAAAGCCCCUUCACCUUGCAGAGAGGAGCAGACAGUGGGGGAGCAAGAGAAGGAAAAGUCGGAAGAAGUUGUGGAGGCAAAGCAAGAGGGAGAGGAGGCACAGGCCGAGCAUCGUGAGGCCGAGGCAGCACAGGAAGAAGAGGAGGAGGAGGAGGAAGGGGGAGGAGCAAAAGGAGGUGGGGCGGGUAGGAGAGCCAGCCUGCACCACACGGCCUCGCCCUUGAGGGUGCAGCGCAACGGGGCCGGCUCGCACUCCGCCACCUCCGACUAUGAGCUCUCGCUUGACCUCAAAAAUAAGCAGAUCGAAAUGUUAGAGCUCAAAUACGGUGGCCACCUCAUCUCCCGCCGCGCUGCCUGCAAGAUCCAGACUGCCUUCCGCCAGUACCAGCUCAGCAAGAACUUUGAGAAGAUCCGCAAUUCGCUGCUUGAGAGUCGUCUUCCUCGACGCAUCUCCCUGCGCAAGGUCCGUGUCCAAAACACGGAAGGUUUCUCCGCUGAACGGGCCCUGGCAGAAGGCUACAACUUGGCAGGCAUCCCAUUGGUGCGCUCACCAUCUCUGCCCACCACAGUUGGUGGCACCCUGACCGACCUGGAAGACUCAUUCACUGAACAGGUCCAGUCACUGGCAAAGUCCAUAGACGAUGCACUCAGCAACUGGAGCCUGAAGACCAUGUGCUCACUGCAAGAAGGCGGCACUUAUCAGUUCAGUGCCGACUCCUUCAGUGCAGCAGCAGCAGCAGCAGCAGCAGCAGCAGGAGUGGGAGGUGGAGGAGGAGGAGGAGGAGAGGGAGGUGGUGUGGGAGAGUCAACUAUUCCUCAAGGCCCAGUGGACCCGAGUGACCUGUCAAGAAGCGCGAGCAAGCUUAUGAUGGCGUUCCGGGAUGUGACAGUACAGAUCGAUAGCCAGAACUUCCGUGUCUCAUCUUCAGUCCUGGAAUCAUCCACUUCUGUCACCCUCGGCAGUGUCCAACAAGAAGGAGCCUACACCUCUGUUACACCCACUUUCACAACAACAAACUCCACUCCAGCUUCUAUUCCUUCUGUCCCCUCGCAAGACCCCCCUCCUCCUCCUGCAGAGGUCCCGGCUGAACCCAUAGAUCCCCCACCGCCCCCACAAGAACCCCCACCACCACCAGAAUCAGAAAUAGAAGGAGAUGAGCAGGAUGUUGAAUUCCCUGCUCCUCCUCCAAGUGAAGAAGAGCUGGGGGAGGAGGAGCAAACCCUCCUUACCCCUCUGGAUAAGAUGGCUGCUCCUCAAAGCCCAGAGGAGAUUGUGGUGGUGACACUACCACCCACAGAACCCUCUUACAUUCCUCCACCACAGGAGGCUGUACUGCUGAGGAGCUCGCCCGUGGUAGAGCCGCUGGAGGUCAAUAGGUGUGGCUCCGAGAUAGCAGACAACAGCUCAGAGCAGAUGAGCAGCAGCAGCACAUCAACAGAGGCACGCUCCACAUCUGAAGCCUCGUCCAAGGAAGCACUGCAGGCCAUGAUCCUCAGCCUGCCACGCUACCACUGUGAGAACCCCGCCAGCUGUAAAUCUCCCACGCUGUCCACUGACGUCAUGCGAAAACGCCUCUAUCGCAUUGGCCUCAACCUCUUCAAUGUAAAUCCUGACAAAGGCCUUCAGUUCCUGAUCUCUCGAGGCUUCAUCCCAGACACACCCAUUGGCGUGGCCCACUUCCUGCUACAGAGGAAGGGCCUGAGCCGACAGAUGAUAGGAGAGUUUCUCGGCAACAGCAAGAAGCCCUUCAACAGAGAUGUCCUAGAUUGUGUAGUGGAUGAGAUGGACUUCUCAGGUAUGGAGCUGGACGAAGCACUGAGGAAGUUUCAGGCCCACAUUCGCGUCCAGGGAGAAGCCCAGAAGGUGGAACGUCUUAUUGAGGCCUUCAGUCAGCGCUACUGCAUGUGUAACCCCGACGUGGUGCAGCAGUUUCACAACCCAGACACCAUCUUCAUCCUGGCCUUCGCCAUCAUUCUGCUCAACACCGACAUGUACAGUCCCAACAUCAAGCCAGACCGCAAGAUGUUGUUGGAGGACUUCAUUCGCAAUCUAAGAGGUGUGGAUGACGGAGCAGACAUCCCCAGAGACAUGGUGGUGGGAAUCUACGAGAGAAUACAACAGAGGGAGUUGCGCUCCAACGAAGACCACGUCACCUAUGUCUCCAAGGUUGAGCAGUCCAUCGUAGGCAUGAAAACGGUUCUUUCUGUCCCUCACAGAAGGCUGGUGUGUUGUAGUCGACUUUUUGAGGUCACAGACGUCAACAAGGCCCAAAAACAGGCAGCACACCAGAGAGAAGUCUUCCUUUUCAAUGAUCUCAUUGUGAUCUUGAAGCUUUGUCCAAAGAAGAAGAGUUCUGCAGCCUACACUUUCUGCAAAGCCAUGGGCCUACUCGGCAUGCAGUUUCACCUGUUUGAAAAUGAAUACUACCCUCAUGGCAUCACCAUCCUCUCACCUUUUGGCUCAGACAAGAAGCAGGUACUUAACUUCUGUGCCCAAAGUGCUGAGGAGCUGCUCAAGUUUAUAGAAGACCUGAAGGAAUCAAUUGCAGAGGUGUCGGAGAUGGAGCAGAUACGCAUCGAGUGGGAGCUGGAAAAGCAGCAGGGAGCCAAGACUCACUCUGUAAAAAACAACGGCACACAGCUAGAGCUGCGUGGCAAACAGGGCUCCCCAUCAGGAAACCAGGAGAUAGAUGAAAGAAGUGGACACAAUGCAGUAGAGGUGUCAAUUCACAACAGGCUUCAGACGUACCAGCUCAGCAGCAGCACGGCUCGGAGUCCCGAGAGCGUGGCCCUUCUUAACCACCGGGGGGAGCUGCUUUUCCAGCAGGGGCCCCAGGGGCUAACCCAGGGGCCGGCGCCUCCACCUCAGCACCCGCAGCUGCAGUCAGCGGCAAGCACCCCUGCCCACCACCUCCACCUCCAGCAGCACCACCAGCCCGCUGUCAGCAUGGCUGAUCUGCGGCCCGAGACACUCAUCCAGUGUCAGCAGAUCGUCAAGGUCAUCAUGCUCGACAACAGCGGCCACGGACGCAUGGAGGCCUUCCUCAGUCAAACGCCCACACACCACCACUACCAGCAUCACCACCACAGCCGCCACCAGCUCAGUCAGUCGGCCAUGUCCACCCCGGUCCGCUCGCCGGACGGCUCCCAUGGCAACGAUGGCCACCAGCCCCCGCUGCCUCCUCCACCUCCGCCUUACAACCACCCGCAUCAGUAUAUACCACCCGACCCCCGCCUCAGUCUACACCGGACCCCAAGUGGCUCUCGGAGCAUGGUGUAAAUAAAUCAAUUAGUAUUCUUUCCCCGAAACACACACUUCCACACAAACCCUACCCCCUCCUCUACCUAUUUAAAAGUACAUAAUGUACAUAUAUACAUACAGAUGAAAGAGCUAUAAUGAAAAAAUAAAAUCUCACUUAUAUGCAUAUAUUUAAGGAAAAAAAAUAAACGAAAAGAAAAAUCAAGGUUUUAAAAAGAGAUACGGAGAAAUAAAGUGCAUAUAUAAAGUUUUACUUGAUUCCACAUGUAUUUUGAAAUAUUAUGUAGUUUUAACAAAUUUCUAUAACUUUUUGUCAGUUUUAAUUCUUGCUAGAGAAAACAGAUGUUCAGUUUCUGGAUGGAUCCCUUGUAGUUCCAGUAUUCACCAACAACAACAACAACAGAAAUAUGUGAAUCCCUCAAACUUUUUUGGGGGGAUUGUGAUGGACGGUCACACUCCAAGGACCUCCUGCUUCUGUUUCGCUUUUCUCAUCCCCAAACCUCAUGCCUACUGUGCUGUAUGUGCGCGUGCGUGCAUAGUUGACACUUAACUGAAAACAUGUGCCAAAAUACAUACGCUUCCACUAAAAACACUGACUUCUUUGCACUUGACUAAAAUGCUAGGGCUAGAAGAAAAGAGAGAAAAAAAAACCCUCCCUCCUUUUUGUUUUGAGAAAAUAGUCCUUUCACGCUUCUCCCUCAAGGAGCAGAACAAAAAAAAGAGUAACAAAACUGAUAUUACACAAAAAACCUAUCUCCUAGUUUGCGCUGUUGCUGAUUUAUUUAUGUGAUGGAGAGCCUUCUCUCUUCUUCUCUGCUCCCCUGGAUUAAAAAAAAAAAAAAAAAACAACAUCCUCCGAUAAGCUGUGUUUGUUACGCGCUCCUCUGUUGUGUUGUGGCUCUCUAUCAUCCGAAAACACUCUCGCUCAAUUGUCACUCUCCAUAGAUCAUUCUACAGCGAACGAUGACAGGAAACAAAAAGGCAACCAAUCACAUGGAUUGCUGCCAUACCAAAAAGUCAGCCCGGGAUGGUCCUGUUGAUUGUUUGUCUUCAUAUUUAAUAUUGUUAGCGCUUCCCGGGACUUCUCGCCACAUUUAUCUGCUGAUGGAGGAAAAGUUUUUCAUAUUUUGGAAAUUGUUUAAGGCUGAAACUGCUUUUGGACUUUUCUAAAAAAAAAAACGAUUCAGCAUUCACAUGUAAUAUUAUGUGCAACACGCUGUGCUGUCAUCUGUUUAUGAAAUGCUUCUUCACAUUUCCAGGAAAUCGCCAUAAAUUUCCAUGAGGAUGCUUCUGCUACAAACUGUUAAAUGUCAAGAUCUAUGUUUAUUUUAAUUUGCGUAAAGCAUAUUCCACCUUUGUGUGUGUGUCCCCCCCCCGUUGGUGGAUGAAUGCAGGACCGAGUCCACCCGCUAACACACAUCCAGACACCGUCUCUUUGUGUCGGUACAACUCCCAGGUUUGGUUUUCAGCUCUUCGUGACUGUUUUUCUCUCCCCUUCUAACCUUUCGGUCUGACAUUUUCAAAAAAGGCAAAAACUACAGAGGCACACACACAGCUUAUAUUGCAAAUGCUGGCAUUAAUGGUAUUGUUUGUGCUGUUGGCAAGCCUGCUUUAAAUAAGAAUGGGACAAAAAGAAUGCAUUAUCUGAUCUCUUUCCCUUUCAGCCCCAGCCCAGAAUGUAAAUACCACAUUCAAGCAAUGUCGGAAAGGACAAGCAAACUACCUUUAGCCUCUUCAAAAUGCUAUUGCCCUGUCACGCGUCCUUCAUUCUGAAAUAGGUCAGCCUGAAUGCGUCUAUCUUUUAAACAUAAGCCCCAGCAGGUACUGUGAAAUGGAUGUUCGGUUAACUCUGCUCCCAUCUGACCCCCAUCUGUCUGAUUUGUUGAUUUAUAAUCGCAGAGCCACUGCAGGGAGGUCUCUAUCUCAUCUUUCUGUCCUUUUCCGCUCCCCGACUUUACCCAGUGGAAAGACAGAGGUUGCAGAAAGAAAGCAGUCUGUUGUUCUGGCAGAGGUGAUAAAUGUGUGUGUGUGUGUGUGUGUGUGCGUGUGUGUGACCUAACAGUAGCAUCAUAACUUUCCCGUAAACAAAACCUCUCUUUUGUUAUUAUUUUAUAACACAAUGAGAGGAAUUAGUGCUUUAGAAAACGAACGAAGAGCAAUUAUGGCAAUUUCAAUAUUUUUUACUGGUUAUAAACAAACUUUUGAAGGCGAUACAUUUUAGCAUAUAGCAUAAGCUCUGCAUUUGCAUUGAUGGAUGAUGACUGUAUGAUUGCUAAUUUAUUUAAAAUCAAAACAUUCAGAUAUAAAGCGAUUCUUUUCUCAUGCAUGGCAUCAGUUUGGAGGCCUAUUGAACUCUGAUUCCCAAAAGUAUUUUUUGUGCAUGACUGAAUUUGCUGUGAGCACACAAGUGGGAGAUGAAGAUGAAAGUUUUUUUUUGUUGUUAUGCUGCACAAGAGAGUUUGGUGGAAUUGAAAAAAAAAAAAAAAAAAACAUUUAUAACAGCAAACACCCCUUCAAACAGAAAAUUGAUUUACAGUGGUAAAUUUGAGGCCAAACAGUGGCCAUUUUUGCUUCCCUGUCUUUAACUACCCUUUGUUUAUGGUUGCACAGUUCUUUGCUACUUGACAAUGUGUUAAAGCAUUUUGGGAGAUAGACAUGCUGUGUGUGCAAUAAACACGAAUAUGAGGCUGAGACUGAGUUUAUAUUUGAAAGGAAAUAAAUGUAGCAUUUUUGGGAGUGCAGCAUAUGAUACAGAAGCGCAGUAGUGGCUAACUUUCCUAAAGAAACUGAAAAAAAAGGGCUCUGCCAUACCAGUGCACUGCUUCAUGAAUGACAUGUGGAUCUUUUGUCUGGCUCUUCAACACUGUGUUUGCUCAUACUAGUUUAAAAAAGACAAUAUUUACAAAAAGUGGACAUAUUUAGGUUAAGACAGGCGGAAACUGAGUGUAACAGAUAUGAAUCAUCACCUCCCUCAGUUGGCUUUGAAUCCCUCUCUACCUGUCUUUGCAGUAUAUCAACAUGCUAUUAAAGAUGAUUUAAAUCUA